GGGGUGAAUAUGAUUAGAACAAUGACGGCGCUGCAGGGAAAGCAUGCAAAUGGUGAAAAAUCAUGGAUUGGCAUUGAUGGUAACACUGGUGUGAUAACUGAUGUGAAAGAGAAAAAGAUAUGGGAUGCCUACAACGUGAAGGGCCAGAGUUUUAAAACGGCCAUAGAAGCUGCUUGCCUACUUCUCAGAAUCGAUGACAUUGUGAGUGGGAUGAAGAAGAAGCAGCCUCCUGGUGCCAAAGCUCAUUCCAAGCCUCAAGUUGAGACAGAAGGCGAUGCAGAUAAUGAGCAAAUAAUUCCGGAGUGCUUAUGGAGAGCACGUGGUUAUCUCAGUUUGAAUGAAGUUUUGCUUUAAAGAAGAAAAAAAGGAGCAUUAUAAGUUUGAUGAGGAUAUUUUUUAGGUUUGUAAUGUCACCUUAACUUGGUAGUGUGUGUUUUGUCCCUCUUCUUUCUUUCUCAAUCGACGAGGUGGAAAGAAGAGAAGUCUUCUUAUUGGAGAAUGCUAAUGUUAGUUUCACAUGUCAUCUGUGUAUCGAACACAAUUUCUUUGUUCAACUUCGUGGAUUGGCACAGUGGAGCUUAUUUCUACCAUUCUUCUGAAUGAUUGUUAACAGUCCAAACUUAGUUAUUGACACAAAUAUGUACUUUUCUAAAAGUAAGAAAACAAAAAGUUUUUCAUGGCCAAGCAUCAAUUUUAAUAAGCCAGUGUGGCACCUAAAACACACAACGUACGGCACUGUACACAAACUUGUGGAGGAAAGGAUUCAUAUUGAGCAUCUAUUUUAUCC